AUGGCCUGGAAUCAAAUCGAAAAAUACCAUAACGUAAAAAAUCGUAUUGAAGAACUAAAUAAUGACGGUAAAUACAACAAAGAUGUUCCACUCAAAUCGUUUAUAUUACUUGAUAUUCGCGAAACGACAUCCAUAAAGAAAAAUUAUCCGCAUACAGUACAUAAUUAUUCGACUCUUUUCAUGGUGGAUCAAGAUAAUAUAAGCGUUAUUAAGCUAAAAAGUGCUCCAAAGAAAAUAAUGAGUGAUAAUUUAAGCAAUCAAUCUGUUAGCGAAAAAUUAGAGGAUUUAAUACAAGUAUUUGAGUACUAA